AUGUUAAAGACUGAAAAAAACGUAUUCAUUAUGCGAUGCACAAUGAUGGAUGGCGGAUCAUGGAAAACGGAAGUAACCGCUUGUGUAACACCAAGCGGUAUACGAAUUCCGAUUAAUGAGACACAUAAAGAUGAACGCAGUCAAUGGACUUGUUCAAUUACACCUGAUGGAAAAAUAACGAUGCAACAUGGAGUAAAUCCGGAUGCGAAAUGUGACGGUCAUGAUGUAGGAUCAAAAUGGAUCGAAAAAUCAUUUGAAUUUGAGUGCAUGCCUGGUGGUAAUCCAAAAUUACUUGCCUGUGUUGGUGAAAACUCUCAAAAAAUUCCUGUUGGUACGACUAAAGAAAUUGAUGGAUACCAAAUGAAUUGUCAACAGUUUGACAAUGGUACAAUAAUUCUUCAUGGAACACGUAAAUCUUUUAAACAUGAAAAAGGAAAUGCACAAACCGAAUGUGUUGAUGCGCAUGGAAAUCACCAUCCCGCAGGAAGUACUUGGCUUGAAAAUGAACGGUUCAAUAAGAUAUGCACAGAAUCAGGUCGUAUUGAUAUUGAAAGUUGCGUAACACAAACAGGUCAAAAAGUACCCAUCAAUGGAGAACUGAUUGAAGGAGACACUAAAUAUGUGUAUGUUAACUUGAAGAAUUAUUGA